AUGUCUAUUCCUCGUGCCCGGAUACUGGACCUAAUGAAGGUCCAAAGCAGAAUCUUUUCUACAACCUUCAACCCAGAAGGACUCCGACUAGGGAACAGCGUUCUCCGGGAACGAUUGAAAGGCCCUGCGCUGGCAGCAUAUUAUCCGCGGAGAGUGGCUACGAUUAAGGAUCUGCAGAAGCUAUACGCCCCUGAUUUUGAGACGUGGGAUGAUGCAGAGGAGGACCGAUUUGAGAAGAUCAAGAUCACUAAAGCGAGAGGAAAGGGUGCACCAAAGAAGAAGAGGACGGCAGAAGAAUCGAAGAAGUUCAAGGGCAAGAAGCGGUAG